CACCCGCCGUUUAACGAAGAAGAAGAACAAAAAGAAACCCGGAAAAACCGCUGGAGAAGAGCCAGUCAUGUACUGUACACAGCAGCACUAAAACGCAGCAAAACAGUUUUGUGUGUCCUCAUUUUAGAGCAGCCAUGACGUGCUCUUGCCCUCACCUGUGCUCCCGCUCGUCGGCCUACACGCUGGCCUUGGGCGUGGGUUUUGUCACCCUGGGCACGAGUCGCAUCCUGCUGCUUAAAUUCUCCGCCAAUGCCGAGAACAAAUACGACUUCCUGCCGGCAUCUGUCAACCUGCUGGCGGAGGCGCUGAAGCUGGUCUUUUGCCUUACCAUGUCAGUCAGGGUGUUCAUCCAAGAGGGGCGCUCAUGCAGAGAGCUUCGCUCGUCCUCUGUCUUGUCUCUCCUCGGAUCUCUUAAGUGGGCGAUCCCUGCUUUCCUCUACUUCCUUGACAACCUUAUCAUCUUCUACAUCAUGACCUACCUACAGCCUGCCAUGGCUGUCCUGUUCUCCAACUUUGUUAUUAUCACCACGGCUGUUCUCUUCAGGAUUGUUCUAAAGCGGCGUCUGUCCUGGGUGCAGUGGGCAGCAUUGGUCAUGCUUUUCCUGUCCAUCGUCUCCUUGACAACAGGAUCAGGGUCCAGCCAGAAGUCCGUGUUCGUGCUUGGUGUCCACUCUAACUCCCUCUCCACCCCGUCCAACUCCUGCCGGCUGUACACGCAGCUUCUGGAGCAGAUGAAAAACAGCAGCGCCAACGGCUCGUGGUUGUCCAACCUGCCCGGCCAAGCGUGGAGGGACAGUCUGUUGGAGAAGCUGCGCUCCCUGGGUGUGGGCCACAUCCUGCUCCUCCUGCAGUGCUUCAUCUCGGCCAUGGCCAACAUCUACAACGAGAAGAUCCUCAAGGAAGGAGACCAGCUCACCGAGAGCAUCUUCCUCCAGAGCAGCAAACUGUAUGCCUUUGGUUUGAUGUUUAAUGGAUUGACCCUUGUCACUGGUCAAGAAGCUCGCGGUCUCACCGUCCACUGUGGCCUUCUUCAUGGACAUAACGUCUACUCUCUCGCUCUGGUGGUGGUCACUGCUGCCCUGGGUCUAUUCGUGGCCUUCAUCUUGAAGUUCCGAGACAACAUGUUCCACGUGCUGUCGGGGCAGAUCACCACGGUCCUGGUCACCGCCCUCUCCCCCUUGCUCUUCGACUUCCGCCCCUCUCUGGACUUCUUCCUGCAGGCUCCCAUGGUCCUACUGGCCAUCUUUAUCUACAACGCCAGCAGGCCCCGGGACCUGGAGUACAGCCUUCAGCAGGAAAAACUGCGGGUCAUCAACGGGGAGGUGUUAAAGAGGUCCAGAGGGGAUUUGUAGGUAUUUUAGGAGAAAAAGCAACAUUCAACAGUGCAAUUGUGCAUCAAACACGUACAGUAGAGUAUCCACACUACUGCUAAAAUCAUCUUUGCUGUCCAGCGUUAAACAAUGUACUUUUAGCUGGAUUCCCUGAACGCAGCACUUCUGCGUUUCAGGACGGCGAGGAGCUGGAGCUGCUGACAAAGACCAACACAGACAGCGAUUCCGAAGAGUCGUCUUUGUAGCGCACAGGAGUGUUCAAGUAGGAAAAAUAUUGUCUUCUCCUGGCUGGCCCAGGACAGGGCCGAGUUACUACGUCGGUGGUGUGAUGAACUCGUGACAGGUUUGUCUUGUCCUGCGGUCCAACUUCAGUAAGGAAAGGAUGUAAGUCUUCUGCUGUAUUUCGUUCCAUUUGGAAUCGUCAUCAAUUUUUUUCAAAUCUUUGCAAUCGUGAAAGAUUUGGGGAAGCAUUAGUCAAUUUUGAGGAACGUGACCAAUCUAAUAUUUCAAAAACAUUUGGAUCUUAAGGCAAAGAACAACAAAUAUUUCUUUUUCGUGAUCUUUUUGGUCCUGUCACACUGCAAGUAUUAUUUUUUUGAGUAUUUAUGUAUUAAAAAUGAAGUUUUUGUUUGUGCCGCUUGUGCUAAAUGGCAAAUUGUGCAAUAAACUGCAAGUAUUCUGCA